UUUCUAUCCCUCUUUCGCCAUUUUGGAGAAAGAAUUUUUCUUCUUCUUCGCAUCGACUUUUCCAAAAUCCUCUGUGGAAAUCCAUUCUCUGUUGAGUUUUUCUUCCUCCUCCGUCGACGACUAUGGCCGAGCAGCUCACCGACGAUCAGAUCUCCGAGUUCAAGGAAGCCUUCAGCCUCUUUGACAAGGAUGGCGAUGGUUGUAUCACCACCAAGGAGCUUGGGACUGUGAUGAGGUCACUUGGCCAAAAUCCAACUGAAGCUGAGUUGCAGGACAUGAUCAAUGAGGUGGAUGCUGACGGAAAUGGAACCAUCGACUUCCCUGAGUUCCUGAAUCUGAUGGCUCGGAAGAUGAAGGACACUGAUUCAGAGGAGGAACUGAAGGAAGCCUUCCGUGUGUUUGACAAGGACCAAAAUGGUUUCAUUUCUGCAGCUGAACUCCGCCACGUGAUGACAAAUCUUGGUGAGAAAUUGACUGACGAAGAAGUCGAUGAGAUGAUUCGUGAGGCUGAUGUGGAUGGCGAUGGCCAGAUUAACUACGAGGAAUUCGUAAAAAUCAUGAUGGCCAAGUGACAGACCAAUCAAAACGUGAAAGAGAACUGAACCGAGGCUAAGAACCGAAGGAGAGAUUAGCGAAAAUAUGUUCCAUGACAACUAUAAUAUCCUACUGGAGCACUUGUAUCUCCAGGAAAACCCUUCUUUUUCGUGUUACUAGCUUUAGUUGGUUCUUUCUGUUAUCUUACUCUCCUGUUUGCAUAAUUUAUGGUACUGUAUUCCGGUAUUGUUUGGUGUUUCCUCUUCUUUUCUUCUUCAGUAGAUUAGAUAGUGGAGUCUUCUAUUAUCCAUAUUUGCUAUUUUCUUUUUGUGUUUGGCAAUAUCAAUUCCAAGUACAUUUUCAAUGAAUCCAUUGCUUUUUGCUCCUGAACAUGAAUCAUGAAUGUUGUUAAUACUUGAAUAUUUAUUGGCU